GCCAUGCAGCGUAGACACACCACCCUUAGAGAGAAAUGCCGCAGGCAGGCUGUCCGUGGACCGGCAUACAUGUUCAGCGAGAGAGGCACCAGCCUUACCCCUGAGGAGGAGCGCUUCCUGGAUGCUGCCGAGUAUGGAAAUAUCCCAGUUGUCCGUAAAAUGCUUGAGGAGUCCAAGACUUUGAAUGUGAACUGCGUGGACUACAUGGGUCAGAAUGCAUUGCAGCUUGCUGUAGGGAAUGAACACCUGGAGGUCACAGAAUUGUUGCUGAAGAAGGAGGGGCUGGCACGAGUGGGUGAUGCCCUGCUUUUGGCCAUCAGCAAGGGCUACAUGCGGAUAGUGGAGGCCAUCCUGGCCCACCCAGCAUUCGAGGGUGGACUGCGUCUUACACUGAGUCCCCUAGAGCAAGAGCUACGUGACGAUGACUUCUAUGCAUACGACGAGGACGGAACUCGCUUCUCCCAGGACAUCACGCCUAUGAUUCUGGCAGCCCACUGCAAAGAAUACGAAAUUGUGCAUAUUCUGCUACUUAAGGGGGCUCGCAUAGAGAAACCACAUGACUACUUCUGCAAGUGCGGUGAGUGUGCUGAGAAACAGAAGCAGGAUUCUUUCAGCCACUCAAGAUUAAGGAUGAAUGCCUACAAAGGGCUCGCCAGUGCUGCCUACCUGUCACUCUCCAGCGAGGACCCUGUACUCACAGCUCUUGAGCUCAGCAAUGAGUUAACACAACUAGCCAACAUUGAGACUGAAUUUAAAAAUGACUACAGAAAGCUCUCAAUGCAGUGUAAGGACUUUGUGGUUGGAGUAUUGGAUCUCUGCAGAAACACAGAGGAAGUGGAGGCCAUUCUAAAUGGAGAUGUGGAUCAGAACCCCCCAAGCGAACACCACAGGCCCUGCCUUAGCCGGGUCAAACUGGCCAUUAAGUAUGAAGUCAAAAAGUUUGUGGCCCACCCUAACUGCCAGCAGCAGUUACUGACGCUGUGGUAUGAGAAUCUAUCAGGCCUCAGGCAACAGUCUAUAGGCGUGAAAUGCUGGACAGUACUGGGAGUGAUGGUCGGUCUGCCAUUUCUUGCCAUUGCAUACUGGAUUACACCCUGCAGCAAGGUGGGACAAGUUCUCCGCAGUCCCUUUAUGAAAUUUGUAGCUCAUGCUGUCUCAUUCACCGUCUUCUUGGGGCUUCUAGUUCUCAAUGCUUCGGACCGAUUUGCAGGAGUCAAAACCCUUCCUAAUGAAACCAUCACUGAUCAUCCACGUCAGAUCUUUCGCAUUAAAACCACUCAGUUCUCUUGGACAGAGAUAAUGAUCAUGAAAUGGGUACUUGGAAUGAUCUGGUCUGAGUGUAAGGAAGUUUGGGCUGACGGGCCGCGUGAGUACAUAAUGCAUUUGUGGAACGUUUUAGACUUCGGCAUGCUGUCGAUCUUCGUAGCAUCCUUCACUGCACGGCUCAUGGCUUUUCUUCGAGCUUCGCAUGCACAGCUGUAUGUGGACUUGAAUGUGACCAAUGCUGACCUGAGCAAUGCCUCAUUACCAGCAGACGUAGCCUACUUCACUUAUGCCAGGAACAGGUGGCUUCCCUCUGAUCCUCAGCUCAUCUCUGAGGGGUUGUACUCAAUUGCUGUGGUGCUGAGUUUCUCUCGUAUUGCCUAUGUUCUGCCGGCCAGUGAGAGUUUCGGACCCCUGCAAAUAUCCCUCGGCCGCACUGUUAAGGAUAUUUUUAAAUUCAUGGUCAUCUUCAUCAUGGUCUUCCUUGCCUUUAUGAUUGGCAUGUUCAAUUUGUAUUCCUACUAUUUAGGAGCCAAGUACAACCCCGCUUUUACCACGGUUGAAGAAAGUUUUAAGACCCUCUUCUGGUCCAUUUUUGGUUUGUCUGAGGUGAUCUCUGUGGUCUUGAAGUAUGAUCAUAAGUUCAUUGAGAACAUUGGUUAUGUGCUCUAUGGGGUCUACAAUGUCACGAUGGUGGUGGUAUUGCUCAACAUGCUGAUUGCCAUGAUUAACCAUUCAUAUCAGGAAAUUGAGGAAGACGCUGAUGUAGAAUGGAAGUUUGCUCGUGCAAAGCUGUGGCUCUCCUAUUUUGAUGAAGGCAGCACUCUUCCACCCCCCUUUAAUCUAAUACCCAGCCCCAAAUCCUUCUAUUACAUGGCUCAACGCACCAAAGCAUGCCUAGUGAGUUUAUGCAAGGCCAGAAUCCGUACUCAAAGCAGCCAGCAAGACAAGGGAAUGGCCAAUCCACGGUCUAAGGUCAGACUUCAUCGGUUUCAACCUUACCAUGAACAAGAGGGAUUCACAGUUAGAAAUCCCAUCAAACACCCGACACGAUAUCAGAAACUGAUGAAACGUCUCAUCAAGCGAUAUGUCCUAAAGGCCCAAAUUGACAGUGAAAGUGAUGAGAUCAAUGAAGGUGAGUUGAAGGAGAUCAAGCAGGAUAUUUCCAGUCUCCGCUAUGAGCUCCUUGAGGAAAAGUCACAGGCCACUGAAGAACUUGCUGAACUAAUCCAACAGCUUGGAGACAAACUCAGCAAAGGAACCAAGAGACCAUGAAAAGUGGACCAUUGCAAUUGCUUGAUGAAGAGGCUACCCUUGUACAGCUCACAGAAAUCAGAUCUGCUAAAAAGUUUAGUUUAGAGGCUAACUUUUAAGCCCCUUUAUACUCUCACUCUGUUUUAGUCAUUGGUUUGUGAAAUGUUUGAGGCUGCC